AUGUCUGAGUCUCACCACAGGCAAAUGAAACUCUUUGCUGAAGACGGUGGAAAGUUCAUCAGCAGUUUCUCUUCUGACUUCCUGAAAGGAUAUCUCGAUAUACUGCGUCGACAGUUCGGUGGGAAACGCGUGCAUUCCAAUGUCGUUUAUCAGGAAUAUAUCAAAGACAAAGAACAUGUACACAUGAAUGCGACAAGAUGGCAUACACUCACAGGACUAUGCAUGUGGCUUGGAAAACAGGGCAUUUGCAAGGUAGAUGAGACUGAGAAAGGGUGGUUUAUCGAAUACAUUGAUCGCGACCCAGAAAAGUUAAAAAAACAAGAACAGAGUGAGCGUUUGGAAAAGACGGAAGAUGAAAUAAACAAACAGUUUCUAGAGCGUCAAAUAGAACACAAUAUCAACAAAGUUGAACAGACAGAAGGCCCCGUAUACACUCCUCUCGUCCGCACCAAUGAAGAUGAACCAAUUAAACUGGAGAUUUCUUUGUCUCAAAAAAAGCCACCUGUCCAGGUGGUAAGCACAGAGCCUGAUCCUUCCCCAAGUUCUUCAGAGGAGAAACCUCAGAGCCUUAUGACAUUGGGUCCGAAAAAGGAAAGAACUGCAAAUCCGCUCUUGAUUGCCGAAAAAAAAGCACGUGAAGAAAAAUCCAAAUCUAGUGCCGAAAAGAAACAAGACACACGUACUACAGCAGCUUCUGGAGUUCGUCGGCGUGCAUUGGAUGAAUUAAUGGAAAAAGAAGAAGCUUUUAAAGACAAAAGAAACCGAAGAGAUUACUGGAUGACAGAAGGGAUUGAGGUCAAGCUAAUCAAUCGCAAACUUCCUGAUGAUCUACGUUGGAGACACGCCACAGUUUUGAAGAUGCUGGAUAAUUACACGGCUAUCGUAAGGACAGUGGAAUGUCACACAAAGAUCAAAGUGGAUCAAAAUCACGUUCAAACAGUUAUUCCUGAACCAUCAUCAACAGUUCUCAUCGUUAAUGGCGCAUACCGAGGAGAGUACGCUACGUUAGAGCAAGUUUUUAAAGAAAAGAAUAUGUGUGAAAUAACAGUGAUGACCGGUCUGUGUAUGGGUCGUCUUGUCAAGAACGUUUCUUUGGAUGAUAUUUGCAAAUUGUCGGAAGCAAGACAGGAACGGUAG